AUGCGUGGGCAUCUGAAGGCGGCCACGGCAGUAAGCCAAGAAUUCCUGAGCACAAGGAACAGCGAUAAACGCCAGCUGAUCAUGCUCAGUGGCUGCGUGGCCAAGUACAGCGCAAAGAUUCAUCAGUCCUUGAAAAGUCUAUUAGCAGUGGCUGCCAAGGAAGCUGUGUCCAACCAGCUGCAGUCCAUAAAGAAGCCCUAUGAUGGUGCCUGGGGGAGGAAGAAAGCCGAGAGAGACAUGGAAGCUUUUAGCCCGGAUGUGGAGGCUGCCACUUCAGCUCUCAUCUCCCUGGAGAAACAGAUGGAUAAUCUGGAGGCUGAAAUUGCAUUCCUGCAAAGAGUGCACAGUGAGGAAAACGAAGAUUUGAUGAAACAGAGCUACAGUGCUUCAGCGUGUGUGGAUGUCUCCUGCUCAAUCCCAGACCUGGCUCCUGCUCUGAGGGACAUUCAGAUGGAGUCUGAAGGAAUUGCGGCCGAGAACCUGCAGGAAAUAGACGAGUGGUACAAAACCAGAUUUCUUGACUUUAAUCAACCUUCCACAAAACAUGCCGAGAAUGUGAGACGUUUCAGGGAAGAAACAGGGAACUGCAAAAGUGAGAAAACACAAACGCUGCAAGAGGAACUGAAAGCAAUGAAGGAGAAAAUCGCCCUCCAUCUGUGUGACUAG